AUGGUACUACAUCAUCAUCAUAAUUUACAUGUACCACCAUUAGAUUCAAAUAUGGGUAAUAAUUCAUUAAUUUAUUUACAAAAUAAUAAUAUAUCAAUAAAUUGUUCAGUAUAUUCAUUAACAAAUGGUACUAUAAAAUUAUUAGAUCAUUAUAAUCAAACUUGGAAUAAUGCAACAAAUUUACAUGAAUUUUUACCAGCUUAUUAUAUAACAAAUUGUUCAAUACCAAAAUUAAUUAAUUUAGUUUUAGAACAAGAAUAUGAUAAUAACAACCUAACAAAAAAGAAUACAAAUUUUGAUCAAAGUCCUUAUAAUCAAAGAGAUAAUGGUGAUACUUUUGUUGCUAUAUUAUUUACUUUAUGUGGUUCAUGUGUUUCAUGUUGGAUGUUAAGUUUAUUAUUAUAUUUAACUCCAAAACAUAAAAGAAAACCUUGGUUAACUCAAUUUACAACUAUAUUUUAUUCUAUAGUAACAAGUAUUUUAUUAAAUAUUUUAACAAAAUCUUCAGAACAAGAAUAUUAUAAUGAUAAUUUAGAUAUUAUAAAAUUACAUCAAAAAUUAUAUAAUUCAAAUGUUUAUAAAAUUUUAAUGGUUUUAACUCAAGUUUUAACAAUGAGUUCAUGGUUUCAAAUUAUUCAAAAAUUAAUUAAACUGAAAUUUAAAAUUUAUACUAGUUUGUUAAAUUUCUUUUUUAUGGGUUUAUAUCUUGCUGUUUUCACUUAUUAUCAAGUGAUAUAUAAUACUUUACCUUUUAUUCAUCAACAAUAUCCAGAUUUAACUGAUUAUAAUAGAUGGAAUAUUGUAAGAGCUAUAACAAGAUUAAUUGUUGUAUUUUGGUUUUUAGGAAUUAUAACUUAUUAUACAAUAUUUAUAAAAAAUCCAAGGAAAAUAUGUUAUAAUAGAAAAUUAUUUCCAUUAGCUUUAUUUGUUUGGUUUUUAUUUUUAUUAGAUAUUGUUUUAACUAUUUUAAAUGUUUCAUUAUUUAUUGAUAAAUGGUUAGUUAGAACUUGGUUAAUUUUAAUACCUUACUUGAUUGAAAUUAUAUUAUUAACAGUAAUAUGGGAAUGGAUUUAUAAUAUUUGGAUAUUAGAAAAAAGAUAUGAAUUAAUGAAUGUAUUAGGAAGAAGAAUAAGUUAUGAAGAUGUUGUUAGUUUUAAAAAUUCACCAAAUAAAUCAAAAUCAAGUACUUUUAUGGAAAAAUUAUCUAAUUGGUUCUUGUAUAAAUUUAAAACAAAUAAUAAUAUAAGAGAAAUUGAAGAUGAAGAUAGUUUGAAGGAGUUUUUCACUUCAUCAAGUAAUUCUUUUGAAAGAACAAUAACUACUAAUACAAACUUAGGUAAUGAUAAUACAACUACAGAAAAUAUUAAUAGAACUAAUGCUGCUACUACUACACUUGAUGAAGAUGCCUAUAACAACGAUAAUAACAAUGAUGACGACAAUAAUGGCAAUCUGAACAGCAGUAGCGAUAAUGACAAUAAUGACAAUAACGAAUUGAACGAUUUUAAUGACAAAAACGACAAUAAUAAUAAUAUUCAUGCUGGUCAUGAUAAUUACGAUGAUGAUGAUUACGAAAUUUAUGAUAAUGAACACGUUAACGAGUUUUUUGAUGACAAUGAGGAUGACAGUGAUAAUGAUACUAGUGCAUAUUAUGUCAUUGAUCAUGAUAAUUCUGACUAUGCUGGUCAUAGAAUCAGUAAUGAUAGAGAAAUUUAA